AAACGCCGUCAUCUUGGCGACCCUAGCUUCGAGGCCGCUUACUACUACCUUCCAUCCCACGCUUUACCCACAUGUGUCGAUGCCUUGUCGCUCUUUACAUUUACAGGAAGAGAAAAGAAGACAACAACUCAUGUUCGGGGUAACAGUGGCGUCUGCUCCGGCGGCUCGUUUUCUCUUGUCUCUAUCCGCCUCUGGCGCGCUUUUCUUCACUCUGCUCCAUUACGGCGUUUCCGUACCGCACGCUACUCCGUACUCCAUACUCUAUACUCAAGCGGCCUUCAUCCACACCUUCUCCGUUUUCCAGAAGCUCCGCGUUACAUGGUGGACUGACUUUGACAUGGUCCAUAGUCUGCUGUAUAUGGUUCACGGUAGGGUUAAUCACCCUGGCUUCAAACGGCGGCCCAGACCCCGGCUCGCCAACUCGGAAAGACAACCUAUUUGUUUACGCCAGGGCCUGGAAGCCGUUUCUGUAAGCCAUGACAGCUGUUUCGCAAUGUAUUAUUGCCCCGUUUCUCGCAGCACUAUCUCGGGAUUCCUCCCUCGUCGGUCCGUCCAGGCUACUGGCCCGAAGAGCCUUGUCAGGGACAAGCAGAGAACGCCCAACGCAAUAAAGCCUACUCCUUGUCGUCGUCAACGGCUAUCAUCCCUUGGUCGAGUUCGGCCAAAUUUGGAUCAUGCGGCUCACAAUCACAUACGUACCUUGUCGCAUUGUACCUACGAACGUACGGUCCGUCAUCCGUCUGUCUCCGUCCAGUCUUCAACCCACUUCAUGGCUCGGACAGCGUUGACGUCUGCGUUGUACGGAAAGGACCCUCGGAACAACACCUAGCUUUUCGCUGAUGCUCCUCUCUCAAUGCAACACGAUAUGACGUUUUUUCCGAUAUUCUGCUCCUGAGUGCCCGGCGUUUGAAUAUCGCCACUCAUUCCACAUCAUAUCGUCACGGAUGCCUGCGUAAAAUG